UUCGGUACCUGUUGCCGAACCCAGCCAAGAUGGGGACAGGCAGGGGGGCAAGGAUACCACUAUGGAUACCAAUGCUAGUGAUCGCCUUAACAUGCCAAAAAGUCAACACCCAGGUUGAGCAAUCCCAGUAUGAAGACCAGCAAUCCCAGUAUGAAGACCAGCAGUAUGAUCAACAGCAGCAGUCAAAUUACGACUAUCCAUCUGUGCAGCCGACACAUGAUGACCCUUUUGUCAAACCAUCUCGUAGUCCUCAUGUGACCAUCAUCCCUCCCAUGAGAACAACUCUGGCUGUGAAAGCCGGAAACCCUGCUCACAAUGGGAGAGUGUGUAGCACAUGGGGCAACUUCCAUUUCAAGACCUUUGAUGGGGACAUCUACCAUUUCCCUGGCACCUGCAACUACGUCUUUUCCUCCCACUGCAAAUCUGAUUAUGAAGACUUCAACAUCCAAAUAAGGCGCUCUGUGGUUGAGAAUGCUGCCAUUAUCAGCCAUAUCAUCAUAAAAAUUGAUGGAGCAGCCAUUGAACUGACGCCACACUCCAUUACUGUCAAUGCAGAACAUGUCCAGCUGCCCUACAGCCACUUGGGAAUCUUGAUGGAGACAGUCUCAGGUUACCUGAAAAUUGUUUCCAAGCUAGGCUUGGUGAUCAUGUGGAACCAAGAGGAUGGCCUUCUGCUUGAACUGAAUGAGAAAUAUGCUAAUCAGACUUGUGGACUUUGUGGAGACUUCAAUGGAAUCUCAACUUUCAAUGAAUUUGUUUCUAACAACAUCAAACUGAAUCCUGUGCAGUUUGGAAACAUGCAGAAGAUGGAUGGACCCACCGAAGAAUGUCAAGAUCCUGCCCCUUCAGCUGCAAGCAAUUGCAGUCAGGAGUUUAGUACUGUCUGCCAAACAGUAUUGACUGGUGAAGCAUUCAUGGGCUGCAAUGCACUGGUUGAAGUACAAGAUUAUAUUGAUGCUUGCGUACAAGACUUGUGCAGCUGUGAUAAGUCUGCCACUGAUUACUGCAUUUGCAACACCUUUGCUGAAUAUUCCCGGCAAUGUGCCCAUGCUGGUGGACUGCCAAUGGAAUGGAGGACAGAAGAUCUGUGUGCCAAGACAUGCCCUUUCAAUAUGGUGCACCAGGAAUGUGGCUCCCCCUGUUCUAAUACUUGUACCAAUCCCGAAAGGUCCCAGCUCUGUGAAGAUCAUUGUACAGAUGGCUGCUUUUGUCCACCAGGCACUGUGUUCGAUGACAUAAGCAGCUCUGGUUGCAUCGCUGUGAAGGACUGUCACUGUACUUACAAUGGAGACACUUAUUCUCCUGGAGCUUCUUUUGCAUCCCAGUGCACUGCAUGUACAUGUACUGGAGGCCAGUGGGCCUGUGUCAGCCUGGACUGCCCCGGAAUGUGCUCUGUUGAAGGAGGCUCCCACAUCUCCACAUUUGAUGAGAAACGCUAUUCGGUCUUUGGGGACUGUAGCUAUGUCUUAACGAAGCUCUGUGACAGUAAUGCCUUCACUGUUCUGGGAGACAUUCGAAAAUGUGGCCUGACAGACACCGAGACCUGCCUGAAAGGCAUCGCCAUCGACAUAGAUGGAGGAGAGACAGUAGUUGUGAUCAAGUCUACUGGGGUCGUGUAUGUGAAUAUGAUCCUUUCCCAGCUGCCUAUCUCAGCAUCCAAUGUCACCAUCUUCAGGCCCUCAUCUUUCUUCAUCGUUGUGGAUACAAAAUUCGGCCUCCAGUUACAGAUCCAGCUCGUGCCCAUCAUGCAAUUAUUUGUACGCUUGGACCCAACCCACAAAGAUCAGACAUGUGGUCUCUGUGGAAACUUCAACAAUGUCCAAGCAGAUGACUUCAAAGCUGCCAGUGGAGUAGUAGAAGGAACUUCAGCUGCAUUUGCCAACACGUGGAAAGCACAGGCCAAUUGUCCUGACAUCAAAAAUAUUUUCGAGAACCCAUGUACUCUCAGCAUAGAAAAUGAAAAAUAUGCUUCGCACUGGUGCGGCCUGCUGACGGACAGCAAUGGACCCUUUCAGAAGUGCCACUCUGCAGUAGAUCCUACUGUUUUCCACACGACCUGUAUGUUUGAUACCUGCAAUUGUGAAAGGAGUGAGGACUGUAUGUGUGCUGCCCUUUCCUCCUAUGUCAGAGCCUGUGCUGCAAAGGGAGUGCUGCUGAGCGGAUGGAGAACCAGCAUCUGUACCAAAUACCAAAUGUGUCCCAAAACCCUGGUUUACCGUUACAACAUUACUUCCUGCCAACCCACCUGCCGAUCUCUGAGUGAGCCUGAUGUCACUUGCAACAUUAAGUUUACCUCCGUGGAUGGAUGCACCUGCGAAGAAGGGAUGUAUAUGGAUGAGAGCGGCAAAUGUGUACCUGCUACCAGCUGCCCCUGCUACUACAAAGGGACUCCUCUACUGUCUGGAGAAGUUAUCCAUGAAAACGGUGUCAUAUGUACUUGCACACAGGGAAAGCUUCAGUGCAUUGGAGAAGUGAAACCACAACCAGAAUGUUUUGCUCCCAUGGUCUACUUUGACUGCACUAAUGCCACAGUAGGAGCCACUGGAGCCGAGUGUCAGAAGAGCUGUCAGACCCUUGACAUGGGAUGCUACAGCACACAGUGCAUCUCUGGCUGCAUGUGUCCCAAGGAGUUGGUGUCCGAUGGCCAAGGUGGGUGUGUAGCUGCUGAAGAGUGUCCAUGCAUUCACAAUGAAGCCACAUACAAGCCCGGGGACAGCAUCAAGGUGAAAUGUAAUACUUGUACAUGUAAGAACAGAAAGUGGGAGUGCUCCACUGAACCCUGCCUGGCAACAUGCUCUGUUUAUGGAGAUGGUCAUUACAUCACUUUUGAUGGCAAACGCUAUAGCUUCAGUGGAGACUGUGAAUACACACUGGUCCAGGAUCAUUGCGGUAAAAACAAUUCAAAUGCAGGGACUUUCAGAGUGAUCACGGAGAACAUCCCCUGUGGCACCACCGGGACAACCUGCUCAAAAGCCAUUAAAGUCUUCAUGGGGAACUAUGAGCUGAUACUUGCUGAUGAAAAAUUUACAGUGGUACAGAGGCUUUCUGGUGGAGGUGAAGUGCCAUUCAAGGUCCGCUACAUGGGAAUCUACAUGGUGAUUGACACCACAGCUGGACUGGUCCUGUUGUGGGACAAGAAAACCAGUAUCUUCAUCAAACUCAAUGACGAAUUUAAGGGUCAAGUUUGUGGCCUCUGUGGAAACUAUGAUGGCAAUGACAUAAAUGACUUCACCACCAGGAGCCAGUCUGUUGUAGGAGACGUACUGGAGUUUGGUAACAGCUGGAAGGUGUCUCCGACUUGCCCAGAUGCCCCGGGCAGCAGAGAUCCUUGUUCUACAAACCCAUAUAGGAGUUCUUGGGCCCAGAAGCAAUGUAGCAUCAUUAACAGCAAAGUGUUUGCUUCCUGCCACUCUCAGGUUGAACCAACUAAAUAUUAUGAAGCCUGCAUCUCUGAUGCCUGUGCUUGUGACACUGGGGGAGACUGUGAAUGCUUCUGUACUGCUGUAGCCGCCUAUGCUCAGGCGUGCAAUGAAGCUGGCAGUUGCAUUUCUUGGAGAACUCCAAACAUCUGCCCUCUGUUCUGUGAUUACUAUAAUCCAAAAGAGGAGUGUGAGUGGCACUACCAACCUUGUGGCUCUCCUUGUAUGAAGACUUGCAGAAACCCAAGUGGAAAAUGCCUCCAUGAGUUACAAGGCUUGGAAGGCUGCUAUCCAAAGUGUCCAGCUGAUAAGCCCUAUUUUGAUGAAGAUGAGAUGCAGUGUGUUGAUCUUCCAGCAUGCGGCUGCUUUGAUGGCAAAGGAAACCACUAUAAACCAGGAGAAAAAAUGCCUUCACAAAAGAGCUGUGAAUCAUGCUAUUGUUCCAUGGCUGGCAAACCAGAGUGUCGAUACGAUGAACUUGAAUGCCACUGCAUCUAUGAAGGGAAGAUUAGCAAGCCGGGGGAUGUCAUCUACAACACAACAGAUGGCAUUGGAGGGUGCAUCACUGCGAUUUGCAGUAAGAAUGGAACAAUAGAGAGGAAUAUCUUCCCAUGCACAACAACACCCACCACAACCACCACCACCACUGCACCAACCACUACCGUUUUUAACUUUUCCAGUACCUCUUCACCAGCAACCACUACUGCAGUGCCUGUAACAACAUCCGUUUGUGUUCAGGAAGUAUGCCAGUGGUCACAGUGGUAUGAUGUGAGCCAGCCUGGCUCUGGAGAUGAUGGUGGAGAUUUUGAUACUUUUGAAAAACUACGAGCAGAAGGAUAUAAAGUCUGCAGAGCUCCAAGGGCCGUUGCCUGCAGAGCUGAGAAAUUUCCCAAUACUCCAUUAAGUGAACUGGGCCAGAAAGUAGAAUGCAGUAAAACAGUGGGGCUAAUCUGUUACAACAAGGAUCAGCAUCCAAUGAGCUGCCACAAUUAUCAAAUCAAAAUCCAGUGUUGUAGCUUUGAACCAUGUGGCAUUACGGCAUCGACACCUGGGACUACGCACACAACAACACCAACUACUCUUCCUGUAACAACUCCUACUCCUGUAACAACACCAAAGCUACCACCUACCACAACUGUAGUAACCGAAACAACUAGCAUCUCAACUACAACCCCAGCAACCACAACAGAAAUACCACGGUCAACACCUUGUAAACUCACAUGUAAAUGGACUGAAUGGUACGAUGUGCACUUUCCCACUUUGGACAACAAAGGGGAUUUUGAAACAUACGACAUCAUUAAGGCUGCAGGAAAAGAUAUAUGCCAAAAACCUGAACGUAUAGAAUGCAGGGCAGAGAAAUAUCCAGAGAAAUCUAUUGAUGAAAUUGGACAAACUGUUCAGUGCAACGUGACAUUUGGCUUUGUCUGCAAAAAUGAAGAACAGUCAGGAAUCUUGCAGAUGUGUUAUAACUAUCAGAUCAAAGUAUACUGCUGUUAUACUGACUGCUUAACCACCACUCCAGAAACUACAACAGCAAGCACAAGUACUGUUUCAGUAACUACCACAGUUACCAGUACAACUCCAGAAACAACAUCUACAUCAACAGUGACAACUAAGCCAAAAACAACAACAGUCACAACAACACCUUCUACUACUAAAUCUACAACCACAACUACUACAGCCACAACAUCCACUACAAUUCCAGAAACUACAACUGAAACAACACCUUCUACAACUAAAAUUAUAACCACACCCACAACAAAAGAAACAACACAUCCAACUGUGUCAACAACUACAUCAACAACCUCACAAAUUACAACAAAAGGUACAACCAUAGUGUCAACUACUUCUGAAGCAACAACACUAACCACAACACCUCCAACUACAACACAGUCACCAACAACAGUAACAACUGUUCCAGAGACAACAAAAAGUUUAGAAACGACAACAAUUUCAACAACAGCCCCUUUGACACCUGAACAAUGCACUAAGGAAGUUUGUGAAUGGUCACAGUGGUAUGAUAUAAGUUACCCAGGAUCCGCACCAGAUGAUGGAGAUUUUGAUACAUUUAAGAAUAUAAGAGCCAAAGGAUACAAAGUCUGUAAGGCACCAAAAAAUGUUGAAUGCAGAGCAGAAAGAUAUCCUGAUACACCACUAAAUGAAUUAGAGCAAAAAGUUACUUGCAGUAAAACAGAAGGACUCAUAUGUUACAACAAAGAACAACUUCCACCAAUUUGCUAUAAUUAUGAGAUAAGAAUUGAAUGCUGUGAAAAAAUAAUUGUACCAUGUCCAACAACCAGACCGCUAACAACUACAAAGCCUUUAACCUCACAAAUGACGACCACCAGCAAAACAACCACAACAGCAUCAACACCAAUAACUACUACCAAAGAAAAGACUAUUAUUACACGAACUCAGACAACUACACAGCCAUCAAAAGCACCGCUACUAAAUGGAACAACAUCAAUCACAACUAAACCUCUACAAACAACAAAAGUCACAACAAGGACAACACCAUUAAUUACUACAAAACCUGAAACACCGAAAACUGAGCCGACAACUGAAGUUACAACAACGAAGCCAGCAACAACUACAAAAUUGCAAACCACCACAACACAAACAACGGAAACAACCACCAGUGUCAUCACAACAACAAAAGCAACCACCACACCUGUGGUAGUAAGCACGACUUUGCCUAGAAUGACACCAGAAAGGACUACAAUGGUGACAACCACCAGUGCCGCCACCACUCCCAAACCAACCACUACAGCUCCAGAAACGACCACCACCACACCAGUAACAACUACAGAACCCAAAACCACUACAAAACAGCCAACAACGACACCAACCACCACUCCUCGGCCAGUAAGCACAACCACCUUGCCCACGACCACUGUACCAGUCACCACAACAACUACCAAGACGACUACGACCUCUCCAGAAACAACAACUUGUGGACCUAUAUGUCAGUGGACCGACUGGUUUGAUGUUGACUAUCCCACUUCUGGACCUAAUGGGGGUGACAUUGAGACGUAUAACAACAUCCGAGAUGCAGGUGGCAAGAUCUGUGCCAAGCCAUCAAACAUCCAGUGCAGGGCUGAAAAUCACCCUGACCUCAGCCUUCACCAACUCGAUCAGAUAGUAGAGUGUAAUGUUGACUCUGGACUAGUUUGCAAGAAUGAUGAACAAAUUGGGAGAUUCAAGCAGUGCUUGAAUUAUGAGAUACGGGUGUUGUGCUGUGAAGUAAACCCACUUUGCCCACCUACAACCAUCCCAACCACCACCACUCCCAAACCAACCACGACAGCUCCAGAAACAACCACCACCACACCAGUAACAACUACUGCACCCAAAACCACCACAACACAAGCAACAACGACAACCACCACCACUCCCAAACCAACCACUACAGUUCCAGAAACAACAACCACCACACCAGUAACAACUACAGCACCCAUAACCACCACAACGCAACCAACAACCACCACCACCACUCCCAAACCAACCACUACUGCUCCAGAAACAACAACCACAACACCAGUCACAACAACAGCACCAAAAACCACCACAACACAACCAACGACAUCCACCACCACCACCACCACACCUCGGCCAGUAAGCACAACCACCUUGCCCACAACCACUGUGCCAGUCACCACCACAACAACUGAGACGACUACCACCUCUCCAGAAACAACAACCUGUGGACCAAUAUGUCAGUGGACUGACUGGUUUGAUGUUGACUAUCCCACAUCUGGACCUAACGGGGGUGACAUUGAGACAUAUAACAAGAUCCGGGCUGCAGGAGGGAAGAUCUGUGCCAAGCCAUCAAACAUCCAGUGCAGGGCUGAAAAUCACCCUGGCCUCAGCCUUGACCAGGUUGGUCAGAAAGUUGAGUGUAAUGUUGAUUCUGGACUGGUUUGCAAGAAUGAUGAGCAAAUUGGGAAAUUCAGGCAGUGCUUGAAUUAUGAAAUACGGGUAUUGUGCUGUGAAGUAAACCCACGUUGCCCACCUACAACCAUCCCAACCACCACCACUCCCAAACCCACCACUACAGCUCCGGAAACAACCAGCACGACACCAGUAACAACUACAGCACCCAAAACCACCACAACACAGCCAACAACGACAACCACCACCACCACCACUCCCAAACCAACCACUACAGCUCCAGAAACAACAACCACCACACCAGUAACAACUACAGAACCCAAAACCACUACAAAACAGCCAACAACGACACCAACCACCACACCUCGGCCAGUAAGUACAACCACCUUGCCCACAACCACUGUACCAGUCACCACAACAACUACCGAGACGACUACCACUUCUCCAGAAACAACAACUUGUGGACCUAUAUGUCAGUGGACCGACUGGUUUGAUGUUGACUAUCCCACAUCUGGACCGAACGGGGGUGACAUUGAGACGUAUAACAAGAUCCGGGCUGCAGGAGGGAAGAUCUGUGCCAAGCCAUCAAACAUCCAGUGCAGGGCUGAAAAUCACCCUGGCCUCAGCCUUGACCAGGUUGGUCAGAAAGUUGAGUGUAAUGUUGAUUCUGGACUGGUUUGCAAGAAUAAUGAGCAAAUUGGGAAAAUCAGGCAGUGCUUGAAUUAUGAGAUACGGGUGUUGUGCUGUGAAGUAAACCCACGUUGCCCACCUACAACCAUCCCAACCACCACCACUCCCAAACCAACCACUGCAGCUCCAGAAACAACCACCACCACACCAGGAACAACUACAGCACCCAAAACCACCACAACACAGCCAACCACCACCACCACUCCCAAACCAACCACUACAGCUCCAGAAACAACCACCACCACACCAGUAACAACUAUAGCACCCAAAACCACCACAACACAGCCAACCACCACCACUCCCAAACCAACCACUACUGCUCCAGAAACAACCACCACCACACCAGUAACAACUACAGCACCCAAAACCACCACAACGCAACCAACAACAACCACCACCACCACCCCCAAACCAACCACUACUGCUCCAGAAACAACCACCACCACACCAGUAACUACUACAGCACCAAAAACCACCACCACACAACCAACAACGACAACCACCACCACCACACCUCGGCCAGUAAGUACAACCACCUUGCCCACAACCACUGUGCCAGUCUCUACCACAACAACUGAGACGACUACCACCUCUCCAGAAACAACAACUUGUGGACCUAUAUGUCACUGGACCGACUGGUUUGAUGUUGACUAUCCCACUUCCGGACCAAACGGGGGUGACAUUGAGACAUAUAACAAGAUCCGUGAUGCAGGAGAGAAGAUCUGUGCCAAACCAUCAAACAUCCAGUGCAGGGCUGAAAAUCACCCUGACCUCCGCCUUGACCAGGUUGGUCAAGUUGUCAAGUGUAAUGUUGACUCUGGACUGGUGUGCAAGAAUGAUGAGCAAAUUGGGAAAUUCAAGCAGUGCUUGAAUUAUGAGAUACGGGUGUUGUGCUGUGAAGUAAACCCACUUUGCCCACCUACAACCAUCCCAACCACCACCACUCCCAAACCAACCACGACAGCUCCAGAAACAACCACCACCACACCAGUAACAACUACAGCACCAAAAACCACCACAACACAACCAACAACGACAACCACCAGUACCACUACACCUCGGCCCGUAAGUACAACCACCUUGCCCACAACCACUGUGCCAGUCACCACCACAACAACUGAAACGACUACCACCUCUCCAGAAACAACAACUUGUGGACCUAUAUGUCACUGGACCGACUGGUUUGAUGUUGACUAUCCCACUUCCGGACCAAACGGGGGUGACAUUGAGACAUAUAACAAGAUCCGUGAUGCAGGAGAGAAGAUCUGUGCCAAACCAUCAAACAUCCAGUGCAGGGUUGAAAAUGACCCUGACCUCCGCCUUGACCAGGUUGGUCAAGUUGUCGAGUGUAAUGUUGACUCUGGACUGGUGUGCAAGAAUGAUGAGCAAAUUGGGAAAUUUAAGCAGUGCUUGAAUUAUGAGAUACGGGUGUUGUGCUGUGAAGUAAACCCACGUUGCCCACCUACAACCACCCCAACCACCACCACUCCCAAACCAACCACGACAGCUCCAGAAACAACCACCACCACACCAGUAACAACUACAGCACCAAAAACCACCACAACAGAACCAACAACGACAACCACCACCACCACCACACCUCGGCCAGUAAGUACAACCACCUUGCCCACAACCACUGUGCCAGUCACCACCACAACAACUGAGACGACUACGACCUCUCCAGAAACAACAACUUGUGGACCUAUAUGUCACUGGACCGACUGGUUUGAUGUUGACUAUCCCACUUCCGGACCAAACGGGGGUGACAUUGAGACAUAUAACAAGAUCCGUGAUGCAGGAGAGAAGAUCUGUGCCAAACCAUCAAACAUCCAGUGCAGGGUUGAAAAUGACCCUGACCUCCGCCUUGACCAGGUUGGUCAAGUUGUCGAGUGUAAUGUUGACUCUGGACUGGUGUGCAAGAAUGAUGAGCAAAUUGGGAAAUUUAAGCAGUGCUUGAAUUAUGAGAUACGGGUGUUGUGCUGUGAAGUAAACCCACGUUGCCCACCUACAACCACCCCAACCACCACCACUCCCAAACCAACCACGACAGCUCCAGAAACAACCACCACCACACCAGUAACAACUACAGCACCCCAAACCACCACAACACAGCCAACCACCACUACCACCACCACUCCCAAACCAACCACUACUGCUCCAGAAACAACAACCACAACACCAUUAAGAACUACAGUACCCAAAACCACCACAACACAACCAACAACGACAACCACCACACCUCGGCCAGUAAGCACAACCACCUUGCCCACAAGCACUGUGCCAGUCAGCACCACCACUACCGAGACGACUACCACCUCUCCAGAAACAACAACUUGUGGACCUAUAUGUCAGUGGACCGGCUGGUUUGAUGUUGACUAUCCCACAUCUGGACCUAACGGGGGUGACAUUGAGACGUAUAACAAAAUCCGGGCUGUAGGAGGGAAAAUCUGUGCCAAGCCAUCAAACAUCCAGUGCAGGGCUGAAAAUCACCCUGACCUCCGCCUUGACCAGCUUGGUCAGAAAGUUGAGUGCAGUGUUGAUUCUGGACUGGUUUGCAAGAAUGAUGAGCAAAUUGGGAAAUUCAGGCAGUGCUUGAAUUAUGAGAUACGGGUGUUGUGCUGUGAAGUAAACCCACGUUGCCCACCUACAACCAUCCCAACCACCACCACUCCCAAACCCACCACUACAGCUCCAGAAACAACAACCACGACACCAGUAACAACUACAGCACCCAAAACCACCACAACACAGCCAACAACGACAACCACCACCACUCCCAAAUCAACCACGACAGUACCAGUAACACCAACUGCCUGUUUCUGCAAGAUUAAUGAAACCAUUUACAGACGUGGUGAUACGAUUUACAAUAAAACAGACAGUGAUGGUUGCCUUUUCACUGCUGUUUGUAGUAAGACAUGUUCUGUUGAGAGAUCCAAAGGUCCAUGCAAACUAACAACACCAAAACCCACUCCGACAGUUGUUGUCACAACCCCCACCCCCACCACUACCAUUGCCACUACCACUACCACCACUGAGCAACCUGGAUGCCCAGAUGCUAAACCACCCUUAAAGACUGGUGACAAAUGGGUAUCGAACUGCACCGUAUCAACUUGUGAGGGAAACAAUAAGAUUUCUGUAAAGCAAGUACAGUGUCCACCAGUGAGGAAUAUUGUUUGUGAAAAUGGGUACCCACCAAUCAAAGUCUUCAGUGAAGAUGGCUGCUGUUAUCACUAUGAAUGCGAAUGUGUUUGUAGCGGCUGGGGUGAUCCUCACUAUAUCACAUUUGAUGGAACGUACUACACUUUCCUGGACAACUGCACAUAUGUGUUGGUGCAGCAGAUUACACCUAAAUACGACAACUUCAGGGUUCUAAUUGAUAAUUACUUCUGUGAUGCUGAAGAUGGACUUUCAUGCCCUCAGUCUAUCAUUGUUUACUACAAAACUUCAGUGGUAGUGCUAACCCGCAAACUCUUUGAUGGUGUGGAAGCUAACAAGAUCUACUUCGAUGAUAAGAUUGUCAACCCAGGCUUCCAGAAAGACGGCAUUUUUGUCUCCAUGGUUGGUGUCAACAUGGUAGUUGAGAUUCCUGAGCUUGGGGCUGUCAUCACCUUCAGCGGUUUGAUCUUCUCAAUAAAACUUCCAUAUAGCAAAUUUGGCAACAACACCGAAGGACAGUGUGGUACCUGUACAAAUGACAGAAAAGAUGAAUGUCGCUUACCAACUGGCGAGAUAACUAGUUGUCCCUACAUGGCUCCCCAUUGGAAAGUCGAUGAUGAGAAGAAGAACUACUGCAAAAACAAAACAGUACUUCCUGUCACACCAACACCAGCAGUACCUUGCAAACCUUCCCCUGUUUGCGAUAUAAUUCUGAGCGAAGUCUUCUCUGAUUGCCAUCAAAUCAUACCUCCAAAGCCCUUCCACCAAGGUUGCUCCUUUGAUUCUUGCCACAUAGUCAAUACCACCAUGCAGUGUUCAGGCUUAGAGAUAUAUGCUUCACUCUGUGCCUCUAAAGGUGUUUGCAUUGACUGGAGAGCGAAGACUAAUGGUUCAUGCCCAUACAGCUGUCCUGAAGGCAAAGUAUAUGACCCAUGUGGCCCUAUCAACCCUCCCACAUGUGAUAAUAGCAGGGCUAGUCAGCAUAAUGGCACUGGCAUAGUUGAAGGUUGCUUCUGUGCUCCUGGAACCAAGCUCUUCAACUCCUACAAUGAUAUCUGUGUAGAACAAUGUGGUUGUACUGGACCAGACGGGAUGCCCAAAGAGCCUGGAGCAAGCUGGAUCAGCAACUGCCAGGAGUGUACUUGUGAAAAAUAUACUCUUAAAGUGCAGUGUACACCAAAGAUAUGUGCAACACCUGUCCCAGCACGCUGUGAAUUUGAAGGCUUUGUGCCUGUCAGCGUCACAACACCUGAAGAUAAAUGCUGUCCUCAGAUGAAAUGUGUAUGCAACACUAGUUACUGUCCUGAAUCCAUUGAGACCUGUCCAGUAGGAUAUGAAUUAAAACAACAAAAGCUGCCAGGAGAUUGCUGCAUUAAAGCCACUUGUGUGAAAAUACCCGGCUGUAUUGACAAAGGCAUAUUCUACAAACCUGGAGCAGUUGUUCCAAGAGGCCUCUGUGAAACGUGCAGAUGUUCUGUUGAGCAAGAUCCAGAAAGCCAAAUAAACACGGUGGAAUGUGUGUCACAAGCAUGUGACAAAAACUGCCCAGUGGCCCAAGAAUACAAGGAAAUCCCUGGACAAUGCUGUGGUAAAUGCUCAGCGGUAGCAUGUGUUAUAAAAGAGGGAUCCAGUGUUCAGGUUAUCAAGCCUGGGGAGAUUUGGAAUCAUCCAGGAAACAACUGCACUACUUAUGAAUGUGAAUUGAUUGAGGACCAGUAUAUUCCUGUCCCUACCAAAAGACCCUGCGCUCCACUUAACUGCCCACCUGAGAAUGUGAGACUGAGUGAAGAUGGCUGCUGCAAGGUGUGCGGACCUCCACCAGGAGAUUGUAUUCCAAAGAACAUCACAAGUCUCAUCAGACAUAAUGGAUGUGAAGCUACUGAACCUGUCGAAUUACGGUACUGCGAAGGCCACUGUGGCAGUUCUUCAAUAUACUCUUCUGAGGCUAACACAUUGGAUUACACAUGUGCAUGCUGUAAGGAAACCAAAACCAGCAAGAGGCAAGUGACACUGAUGUGCCCUGAUCGCUCCACCAUUGAAUAUUCAUACAUCCAUGUUGACUCAUGUGAGUGUGUGAGCAAUCAAUGUGAUGUGAAGCCCAGCCCAACACCAGGAGAGCAAGAACAGCAGCAGCAGCAGCAGGAAGAACAGCAGCAACAGCAGCAGGAAGAGCAGCAGCAGCAGCAGCAGCAAGAAGAACAGCAGCUUGGCCAGAAAUAAAAACAGGAGCCAGGACUGACCUAGACAUUUUUUAAAUGACCAACACCAAUAAUUAACAGAAGAUAAAUUAAAAUGAAUCUUGCUGUUUUGAAAUAAAAAGUAUCCAAGGCAGCAACUUGAACAUACAGAUGAAUUUCUCUUCUUCUAAAUCUACUCUUGGCAGAAAAGUAUUUUCUUUUCUUUGGGGUGCCAAACAAUUAGAAAUUCUAGGUGACACUUUUCUUGGGGCCAGGCCUUUGUGAGACUACACUGUGCAGUUACAAAUAACUUAGAGACGAAAGUAUUUGGCAUGAUAAAAGAUUAGGGUGGGAGACAAAAACUUCACUCUUGUGAAGUUAUGGUGCCAAUAUUAACAAAGCAUUGGUACAGACACUGGCAUUUCUAAUACACCCACCAAGUAGCACAAGCCAGCCAUAACUUUGGAGCAGAAAGAGCUACUCAUAGUGUCCAGUUCCAUUACAGUUCCAUUGGUCAACAUGGUCUGUUCUCAAUCACCUUUGCAAAAGUUAGAUCUCACUUUCAUAACUUGGUCAGCCUUUUUUGUAUUUCCCCCCCAAGUUCCUUUUUCUACAAACUUCAACCUCUCAAAGGCUGUGGGGCUAUAAUACUCAGAUAUUAUUUGUAGAUCUAUUUUUGUACAAAAAACUCCCCAUGAAGUAUGGCUGCUGCUGAAGAAGACUGUUUACAUGAUAUCACCAGCAUAUUAAUUGUAUGAAGAUCUGGAUUUUUUUAAAUAUAAAUGUUUACAAAAUGAACAUAAGAUAUAUAGAUAUAUUUGCCGAAUUGUCAUAUGAAGAACUUUUUAAACCAAAGUAGUAAAUAUCAAUAAUAUAAAUUCUGUUCUAGAACAAUGAAUUAUUUUUUAACGUUGUACCAUUACUAUUUAUUUGUUUCUGGAAAAUAGACUAUUUUCUUCUGUAUUAGCACCAUCUGUCAAAUGAUGCCUGGUUGAGGGAUAUCUUUACCUUUUGCUGUUUUUAUUUGUUUCUUAAAGAGAACAGUUUCAAUGAUUAAUAAAAUUUUAGCAUUUUGCA